AAGUUUUGUCUGUCGCCUGGUCUUUGGGACAGCCUCUCACACAUCACAUCUAUAGCCUCACUAACAGGGAAACUAACUCACCUGCAAUCUCUCCAACCAAAUAACUCCCACCACGUUGACUACUGCCAUCUGACAUGGAAACCCAGCAAAGACACGGACACCACUCACUUUGCCACACCUGCCAGAGAACAGAGAGCAGCAGAAUAAAGGUCAAGAAGAUGUCUUCGACCAGUCGCGCGCUGCUGUUCGCCCUGGCUCUCACGCUCUACGUUGUUGAAAUGGCCUCGGCAGAGACUUUGUGUGGGGGAGAACUGGUGGAUGCGCUGCAGUUCGUUUGUGAAGACAGAGGCUUCUAUUUCAGUAGGCCAACCAGCAGGGGUUACAGAGGGCGCAGCCAGAACCGUGGGAUCGUAGAGGAGUGUUGUUUCCGUAGCUGUGACCUCAACCUGCUGGAGCAGUACUGUGCCAAACCCGCCAAGUCUGAAAGGGACGUGUCAGCCACCUCUCUACAGGUCCUACCAGUGAUGCCCGCACUAAAACAGGAAGUCCCAAGGAAGCAACAUUUGACCGUGAAGUAUUCCAAAUACGAGGUGUGGGAUAGGAACGCGGCUCAGCGGCUCCGAAGGGGCGUCCCUGCCAUCCUGAGGGCCAAAAAGUUUCGGAGGCAGGCGGACAAGAUUAAAGCCCAGGAGCAGUCAAUCUUCCACAGGCCCUUGAUCAGCCUUCCCAGCAAACUGCCCCCUGUGUUGCUUACUACGGACAACUUUGUCAACCACAAAUGAGCCCGCUGCCAGCCCUUUGCACAGACAAGAGUUUGAGGGUGACAAAAAAGACUAGGGGAUUAUAGCUUUGUCUCUGACGUCAUUUCUGUGGCAGUCCUCUUUGACCUCCCCUGCCCUUUCCGAGCCCACCAGUCCCUCCCCCUGCUCUCGUCCACUACGUCUUGAACCCCUGGCCCCUUUUCUUAUGCCCCCCACCUCCCCGACCUCAACCUCAUCCACCCACCCACCCUCUUCCAGCACACAAACAUGCCUUCACAUUCUUCCUGUCUGAACUCUUUCGCUCCCUUCUUUCAGUCACUGAUACAAAAGGCACAAACACAAAUGUUGAACAAAAAGUUAACAAUUCGGCUGAAUACAAUUCAGGUGGAUCCUUAAGCAAAAGAGAAAAGGGAAGGGGGAAAAGAAGAUGAAAUAGAUCUGUGGUUUGCAAGUGUCAAGAGGACACCUAAUGGAAUGUUUUUGUCCUGGUGGAAGACAACUGAAAUGAAGAGCAACUUGCAUGAAAGAAUCCAUUCCACAUCAUUUUUCCUAAAGGAAAAGACCAUCUCUGUUAGUUAUUUUUCUUAUUAGUUUGCACCUCUACCUAUAAAAGGGACUUCCACACUGUAAGGAAUUAUUUUGCAAAAUUAGAUUCCUGUUCCAGCACCUUUUUGAUGACAAACAAAAAGCAGAAAAGAGUCUGCAAAAUUGCACAUUGCCACGGAUUACGUCAAAGUAAAGAAAAAAUGGCACUAUUUUUUUAUGAACAAUGAACGUGUAGCUUAAAAAAUGUCAUGGUGCUAGCUUUGGGAAUGGACUCAAAGAAGAGGUUGAAAAGCACGUUUUUUUUUUUUUUUUUUUUUUUUUUUUUUUUUGGAAUGAAUAUUAAACUUUCCGUUUUAAGGAAAGUGUGACUUUAAAAAAAUGGAAAAUAAAGGAUAUGGGGGAGCUCCUGGCAGUGGCACUGUCAAGGGGGAAGAGUCACUGAGGAAAGUAUGGGCAGUGUUGGCAUCUAGGCUCAUGGCAAGUACUGGCGGCUGCUCAUUACUAGUUUGCCAGCAUAAGCAGCAUGGGGGACCUGAGACCUAGUCCCUGUUCCUCCUGUCCCCUGGAGACUGCUGGACACACGGAGCAGUGUGAGGACACAUAUGGGACACCAUGGACCGCCUGGAUUUGGACAGUACUAUAGUUGUGGGACAGUACUUCCAGUUUGCAAUGGCUUUGCAGACUGCUCUGACAGGAAGUAACAUGGCAUGGACAAAGAACGAGUGGGAUAAUGAUUCUAUUUUAUUUUGUCUUUUUUUCAUAUCAAUGUUUCAAUGAAAAAAAAGAAGAAAACCCUGUCAGUUUCUGGUACCGUGACAUUCCUGUUUUACCAAGUUAGAUUUUUUUUUUAUGGUCAUUGUUAUGAUGUUCUUUUACAGUUUUAAUGAAAGGCACAAAAAUUUCAAUUCAAAGGGAAAAAAACAGCAAUAAUGUCAACUAACAUUUUAUUUUUAUUUUAUAUCAGUAGUAUUCACAUGCUUUUGCCUGAAAACAAAUACUUGAAAAUACUAUAUAUAUAUAUAUAUAUAUAUAUAUAUAUAUAUAUAUAUAUAUAUAUAUAUAUAUAUAUAUAUAUAUAUAUGUAUAUAUAUAUAAAUGCAUAUAAAGAUAUAUAUAAAGAUAUAUAAUUAGUUUCCAGGGACGUUGUGUUAUUUUCCUUUAGUCUGAGCUGUAUCUUGCGUAAUGAGCCGCCAAGCUUUUUUGUUUGUUUGUUGAAAUACAAAUAAGGGCACUGUAUAAAGGCAUUAUUUAUUUUGUUAUAAAAUAUAUUUGAAAAAUUGGUCCAAAUAAUAUACGUAGCACUGAUGCUCAACUGAUGGAUUUAUUUUGUAUGAUCUCUGUUUUCCAAUUGGAGUUGUAAGGCUUUUUGUAGAUGCUUUGUACCAAAAAUAAUGUCUUUUUUUCUUUUCCUUGUUCAUUUGCAAUAGUUACCAUAAAUUAAUCUUUUAAAUGCAGCAUAGCCUGGAUUACUUAGGCAUGUUAUGUCACAGAAAUAGGCACAUACUCUGAAAAGGAUGGUCUGCAUGGAUUUCCAGAAGCCUGUCAGGGUUGUCUGAGAAAAGAAAAGCAUCGGGAAUGACUUUUUCAUUAAUGGUAAAAAUAUCUGUUCAACAUUGAUUGUACUCAAUCCCACUAUGUUUCUAAAGCCACUUUAGUAAUUAUGGCGGAGAAAUGAUCAGUCCUUCAUUAAAUCAUGUCUUUGUAAUUGUGCAUGGUGUCCUAUGAUCUUCUAAGGAGCACCUUAUGUGUGCCAGUGCCAGCGGUAGCGUGUGUGUUGGCUUAUAAGGCCAUUGAAGUUUGCUCAGCUGUAGAGUUUGGGAUUCGCUUACACGUGACCCAACCAAAUCAUCAUAUUGAUGCCCUAAUGAUGUCACUUAUGAUGCAAGCAACAAUUAAGGGUCAACUACAGGUCAUUGUCAAAGAGAGACUAUCUAUCUUUUUAAAAGACAACGGCUGUGAUCAUCUAUGGCAUAUGUGUUGGGGUUUGGUUGCAUUCACCCCUCACGAUCUUCCAGUAAUGCAUCCAUAAUGCAUUUGAUGAAGGGCUAUCACGCUGAACCAUUUUUGAAGCACUCAGGAAGAAGAAAAAAAAAAAGAAUCUGUGCUCUCUGCGGGACAAGUGGAGUUGUUGCUGAGUUAAAGUGA